AUGAAAGCCAAUCACAAAACUCCACUCAUUAUAAUAAUAGCACUUAAAUGAAGAACACAAGCCAGGUUCGGCCACCCAGCCUCAAUAAACCAAUUAAAAGAGCCAAGUUUAUAGUGAAAAGCAAAAACAGAUUUACUCAUUAUGUGCACAUUGGGGAGGGCAAGGAGAUCCAGUGGACCCCCACCCACUUCCACCUUCAGGAUCCAGACAUGAGGAUACCAGCAAGACCAGAGCAAGAACAGCAAGACCUGAGAGGAAGCUUUGACUUUAACCAGGAUGCCUGUGAAAAUGAUUGCAGUUCUGCUCCUACUGCAGCUGAGUGGUUUCUUUGGUUCUGGGAACUGUGGAAAGGUGCUGGUGUGGCCGGUGGAAUUCAGCCAUUGGUACAAUUUAAGGACAAUCCUAGAUGAACUUGAGAAGAAGGGUCAUGAGGUGACUGUUCUGAGACCUUCAACUUCCUUUUCUCUGGAUGUUGAUAAGGCAUCUACCAUUAAGUUUGAGACUUACCCGACAUCAUUAUCCAUUUCUGACUUAGAGGAAGUUUUUGUGGCAACACUUAAGAAAACCGUUUAUGAACUGCCCAAACAACCAUUUUGGAAAUACUUUUUAAUGUUGCAAGAAGUUGUUUGGAUGUAUUCAGAUUAUUUUGAGAAUCUCUGUAAAGAUGCAGUUUUGAACAAGGAACUUAUGAAAAAAUUACAAGAAUCCAAGUUUGACGUCAUCCUAGCAGAUAACUUCAGUCCCUGCGGUGACCUGCUCGCUGAGAUUCUCAAGAUACCCUUGGUGUUCACUCUGCGCUUCUUUCCUGGAUCCACAUAUGAAAAGUACAGUGGCGGACUCCCACUGCCUCCUUCCUAUGUGCCUGUUGUUCUGUCAGAACUCAGUGAGCAGAUGACGUUCCUGGAAAGGGUGAAAAAUGUAAUGUACAUGCUUUAUUUUGAUUUUUCAUUCCAAAUAUUUAAUGAGAAGAAGUGGAAUCAGUUUUACAGUGAAGUCCUAGGAAGACCCACUACUCUAUAUGAGACAAUGAGCAAAGCAGACAUGUGGCUCAUUAGGACCUACUGGGAUCUGGAGUUUCCUCACCCCACCUUACCAAAUUUUGAUUUUGUGGGAGGACUCCACUGCAAACCUGCCAAGCCUCUGCCUAAAGUAAAUAUAUUUUCUUUUGUUUGCUUCUGUUUGCCCUGCAUUUUCAGUGACUGUGGUCAUAUUGUAUUCACUCAGAAUACUUGA